AUGCAAUAAGAGUCGCGUUCAGUUGACCUCGAGUAUAAAAGCUUAUUCAUAUUAAAGUCGUGGUUCGUCUUUUUGGUUCUUCAUUUGUGCCGGCAAAGAAACAGCACCCCCAACCCUUCUAAUAUCGGAGAAACAACGGUCGCCGGCGACGAUUGCGAUGGCGAAAAUGACAGCCUCCAAAACACAGGAGGAGCAGUGGAUGGUGCAGAAUCAAGUUUUCCGAAUUUAUGAUCUUGUUUACCGCCUCCCUCCCCAUGCUCAAUCCGUCAACUUUGAGCUUCGACGUGACGACCACAUUGAAUAUCUAACCAGAAGUCUCACGCAACUCGGCCCCAAUUUUACCGUUCUGGAUGCUAAUCGACCUUGGCUCUGCUAUUGGAUCAUACACUCAAUUGCUUUGUUAGGGGAUUGUGUUGAUGACAAUCUGGAAAGUGAUGCCAUUGAUUUUCUCCGACGAUGCCAGGACCCAAAUGGUGGCUAUGGUGGUGGACCGGGUCAGAUGCCUCAUCUGGCAACAACUUAUGCUGCAAUCAAUGCACUUCUUACUUUGGGUGGUCAUAAAUCUCUGUCAUCAAUAAACAGAGAAAAGCUAUAUUCAUUUUUGCUGCGAAUGAAAGACACAAGUGGUGGUUUCAGGAUGCAUGACGGUGGAGAAGUGGAUGUCCGUGCUUGCUACACUGCUAUAUCUGUGGCCAGUGUUCUUAACAUUUUGGAUGAAAGGCUGACUCAAAAUGUUGGAGAUUACAUCAUAAGUUGCCAGACUUAUGAGGGUGGAAUUUCUGGUGAGCCUGGCGCAGAAGCUCAUGGUGGGUAUACAUUUUGUGGUUUGGCUGCAAUGGUUCUCAUAAAUGAGGUUCAUCGUUUGGACUUGCCUGGACUAAUUAAUUGGGUGGUAUUCAGGCAAGGAAUAGAAUGUGGAUUUCAAGGCAGAACAAAUAAGUUGGUCGACGGCUGCUACUCCUUUUGGCAGGGUGGAGUAGCCGCAAUAAUUCAACGUUUACAUUUGAUGAUUAAAGAACAACUGGGGCUAUCAAGUACCUUCAAAUUUGACUGCAUAACAGAAAGCGAUGAUGAUUCUUCAGACACAGACAGAGAGAAACCCAUGUUAGAAGGGUUGAAUAAUAACGGUUACAAUUUUAUCAAAGGAUCCAAAGGCAUGAGACCUCUGUUCAAUAGCAUGGCCUUGCAGCAAUACAUUCUUCUUUGCACACAGGAGGAAGCAGGUUUUAGAGACAAGCCGGGAAAACGUAGGGACCACUAUCAUACAUGCUAUGUCCUAAGCGGACUGUCCGUCUGCCAUCACUGCAACGUAAAAGAAGCCGAAACACCCCCUUUGCCCAAGGAUGUGAUGGGCCCUUAUUCCAAUUUGUUGGAACCUGUUCAUCCUUUGUAUAAUAUUGUUUUGGACAAGUACUACGAAGCACAUGAGUUCUUCGCAAGAUUGUAGGCAAAAGUAAGUGGCAUAGGCAGAUCUUUUUAUCUGUCGUAGAAUCUUUCUUGUAUCAGAUUCCAUUGAAAGAUGAAAAACUACAGGGAGCCUUUGAGUAUCUGCAACAUUGAGAUAAUAGUUUAGUUUGUUGCUAAUAUAGUAAUAUUUUACUCACACUAAUGUGUAGAUGAUUGUUUUGAAUUUAUAUAAUCAAUUUGCACUUGA